AAUUAAAAUUCAUAUAACUAGGUUAAUUAAAUGGAUGCUUGAGUUGAACCUCAAAGGAAGUUUAGGUUCAACAAACCCUCUCACGGAUCCACAUAUAUUUGUACAUAUCUCUCUCUCUCUCUUUCAUAUUCUACCAUUUAUUUUCUCUAGUAGUAUUUUUUCUCUCUCCAUAUAUAAAACCAAACCAAUUGUGUUGGACUUAUUUACCUCCACAGCUCCACUUGAAAAAUCCUCCUUCCUUCAUCUACUCUUAUCAAGUCUCUAUGGCAUUUACAUCAACUACUUCCAACUGAAACAAACACACAAAAAAAAUCACAAUUACAACAACAAAAAAAAAAAUGAAAAUCUUCUCCACACUCUUCAUUUUCCUAUCUCUUUUCACAUUCACAACAUCAGAAUCCACUUGCAAAAACAACCCAGAUUUAUCUCUUGUUUCCAAGGCUUUCAGUUCUGUUUAUGGCUUUGAUGUUACGUGGUUUGGUUCAAACUGUUCCUCUCCAAUAACUGAGAUAAAAUUGUCUUCAAGAAGCCUUACUGGCACAGUAUCAUGGAAGUACUUAACAAAUUUGUCACAUCUUCAUACUAUAGAUCUAUCAAACAAUUCCUUAAAGGGUUUUGUUCAUCCUAUGUUUUGGUCUAUUUCAUCUUUGGUUCAAGUCAAUUUGUCAAAGAAUAAGCUAGGGGGAACAGUUGCUGUAACAAAGUCAUCAUCACCUAUUCAAAGACUUGAUCUUUCUUUUAAUAGGUUUACCAACUUUGGUUCUGUUUUUUAUGGUUUUCCUAAUCUUACUUCUCUUGACCUUUCACAUAAUGAUCUCAAGAUUUUGCCUUUUUGGUUUACCAACUUAACUAAGCUUGAAAAUUUGAGCAUUUCUAGUUGUAACAUUUAUGGUAAUCCACAACCCAUUUCACAUAUCAAGUCACUUAAGCAUUUAGAUGUUUCUGUCAACCAUAUGAAUGGUCAAUUUCCCAAUGAUUUUCCUCCUCUUUCUAGUCUUGAUUUCUUGAAUAUCUCAUUCAACAACUUCACUGGUGUAGUGCCUCAAGACCAGUAUGCAAAGUUUGGCAACUCUUGUUUCAUUCAUGCUGGGAAUGUCCAGACCAAGAAUCUCUUACCAAAUCACAAGAAUUCCUCACAAUUCCACAUUAAAAAUCACAACUUUACAACCCCACCACACAAAAUGUUGCCUAUGAGACACAAACCAAUGAACAAAAACACCAACAGAAAAAAGCCCAAAUCAAGAAAGAAAGUUUUAAUCACAGCAACUUCAGCUGCCUCAGCAUUUCUAAUCUUGGUCAUGGGGUCAAUCUUAUUGUGUCUGUACAAGAGGAGAAAAUCAUUGGCUAGAAAAAACAAAUGGUUAAUCUCAAAGCCAAUACAAGUACCUUUUAGAAUGGACAAAUCAGGGCCAUUUUCAUUUGAGACAGAGUCGGGAAACUCAUGGGUUGCUGACAUAAAAGAACCAAGUUCAGCAUCAGUAGUAAUGUUUGAGAAGCCAUUGAUGAACCUAACAUUCAAGGAUCUCAUAGUAGCCACAUCUCACUUUGGGAAGGAGUCAUUGUUGGCAGAAGGGAGGUGUGGCCCAGUUUACAGGGCUGUACUUCCAGGUGACUUACACGUGGCAAUCAAGGUUCUUGAACAUGCUAGGGAACUAGGCAAUGAUGAUGCUAUUGCCUUGUUUGAAGAACUGUCAAGGCUUAAGCAUCCUAAUCUAUUGCCUAUUUCUGGAUUCUGCAUUGCAGGGAAAGAGAAGUUAGUGUUGUACGAGUUCAUUGCCAAUGGUGACCUACACCGAUGGCUACACGAGCUUCCAACUGCUGCCCCCAACGUGGAAGAUUGGACUAACGACACGUGGGAGGUACAAAACGGGCCCCAAAUAACGUCACCCGGGAAAAUGGAAUGGCACACGCGCCACCGCAUUGCGGUUGGGAUAGCGCGUGGACUAGCCUACCUCCACCAGGCGCAGUCUAAGCCGGUGGUUCACGGUCAUUUGGUACUAUCAAAUAUCUUACUAGCCGAUGACUUUGAGCCUCGGAUAGCCGAUUUUGGACUAAGUCAAAACCGAGUCAAUGGAUCUAGUGAGAUGGAUGUGUACGAUUUUGGAGUCGUAUUGGUGGAGUUAUUGACGGGGAAAAUAGGCUCGGACGACACGAUAAAAUCGGUGAGGAGGCUAGUGAAGGAUGGACACGGAGCGGACGCGCUCGACUCGAGGCUAAAACUCGAUGGUGACUCAGUGAGCGAGAUGGUUGAGUGCCUCCGAGUUGGGUACUUGUGCACAGCGGAGAGUCCAAACAAACGGCCUAGAAUGCAACAAGUCCUGGGUUUGCUAAAAGACAUUCAUCCUCACCCACUCGGACCUCAUCCGAGUUGACUCGGUGCAGCCCGAUACGUGCCAAAAUUGAAAACCACUCUCACUCCAGCGCGUGAGUGCCACGACGAGGAAGAUGGACUGGCAGCAUUGCAUUAUUGUACUCCCAUGUGUUUGAUUGACCACUGAAAAGUCAACAGUACAAGCCCAACUCUCCCACUCAGGUUUUCCACUUCAUCAAUGGCAUUCACUCACGUGCAGGUCACGUGGUUUUACUGUCAGGAAGAUGUAGUGAGAUGGACAUUUUUGUUGAAAUGUUGUAUAUUAAAUUAGGAAAAAAAAAAAAAGAGUUUUGACAGAUUUUUUGUAUAUUUUUUAAUUUAGGAAAUUUUCGAAAUAACCUUUUUGCGUCAUCUUUGAAAUAGUAGUAUAAAUUAUGUACGCUCUCCUCUCCUUAGAUUUUACUAUGUGGAAUUAUAUCGGAUAUGUUAGUAAUUU